AUGGAAAAUACAUGUAAUUGCCUUUUCUGUACAAAGUUUAGUUCAGAAAUUAAAACUAACAAAAAUGUUUCAUUGAUUGAUUUGUGUCGGUGUGCUUUUUUAUCGAUGUACAAUAACCAAGAUAAAAAGCUUAUUGAAAUUGAGGAGUUGUAUAACUUUUUUGAACGUCAUUGGGACAUUGUUUGCCAUUUAAAAGAAUUUAAAAAUGAGGCUUGGAAAAAAAUGGUUUAUAUUACACUAAGUACGUCUGACUAUUUCCAAAAUAAAAGUAAUGAAUCACAAGAAACCAGUUAUUGGCAAUUAAAAGAUUUUACUAUUCCUGAAAUAACGAAUAAACUUAAAACAAAACAGUCAGAUGAACCUUCUGUUUCUUAUCGUAUUGUUAAGAGAAAUUUUAAAUUAAAAGAAAAACCCUCAAUAAUUCCAAAAACACCAUAUAAGAAAGAAGAGACAAGACUUGUCUUAGACCCAUAUUAUCCUGAAAACUUUUAUAUAGACCAAGACUUCCAUACUGACAAUUUUGACUACAUAAAAAAAAUUUAUCAAAAUGUGCAGAGUUAUGACUAA